UGUGUGAGAGAGUGAAAUUAAGUUUAAGCCGAUGCGCAUCAACUGGACCAUUUUGUUGACUGAUGCUUGAAGGAAGCUGCCUUUUAUUAUUUUGUAGACUCACUUGUACUUGAACUUACUGCUUGAAGAGGGCUUACUGGCGCAAUCGAAGUGGUUUGUCGUGUGAUUGUGUGAAUAGGUUUCAAUGCGAGGACCGGCUUAAUUUUUCGUCAGCACAUGUGGCAUGCACGCACACGGACAAUCACGCCAAGUAACUGAUACUGGUUGCGAGACUGCUGUGCGGUGGACAGUGAAAGUGAGCAAGGAUCUGUGCAUUCUUGCCAUCGUGUCAUACGCGUCAGACUUCGAACCGGGAGGAGGGUUUGUCUUGUCAUUUCAAACUUCACCAUCCAUCUCAUCGCACUAAGCUGCUGCUGCUCGUUACUCAGCGUUAUACGUACUGUUUGGCAAGCAUUCAUCCUUUUUUUUUGCUGAAAAGGUACAUUAUCACUUUGCUGCUACUUACUCACCCGCACAACACAGCCCGAAAGCACCACACGGCAAUCGGUGCUAUCGCUCUGAUUUUAUUAUUUCCACCACUCGGAGGUUUGUCCCGGGGUCCGCCACAUACCGUUAACACCUUACCGUUUAGAUGACGGUGUCGGGAAUGUCCUAUGUAUAUGUACAUAUUGGGAAACACGGCCGUGUUAGGAAGGUGACGGUUGUAUCUCAUCACACCGCAAACCUUACCUAUCAGUGUGCUGUCUUUUAAAGGUAGCCAGGACAUUGCUUGCUUACAUAAACACACACAUACACACAUACACACACAGACACACACUAGUGAGGAUGAAAACGAGAUUGAUACGCAUCGUUAAACAUGUGCAGAGGAAAUGACACACGAGCGUCAAACGAAUGAAGUGAUAAGUAUUGUUAAUUGUGGUGCAUUUUUGGGAGUUUACACACAAAAAGGACGAUUUAAAUCACUCACUCACACAAAUACACACAAUCAUUUUGAUUUGGGAUGGUCCCAAUCUAUUCGUUUGAGAUUUUCACUAAAUUUUCGAUGGAACUUUUCACACGGGGAUGCGUUUUCGUUGUCGGUAUGGAAAUAGAAUUCCAAGGAACUCUACGUCCCUCACUCGCAACACUGUUCAACUCAUGAUGCUGCCAUACUGCCACAGUUACACAUACCGGCCAGUACAAGCGGAAAAUAAUUGUCCACCUUGCUUCAGGCUCCCUUCUUCCCCCCCCGGGUCUCCCCUUCCCGACACACACAUACAUAGAGAAAGGCAGCGGGUUAAGUUCGGUUGGGCAUGAACGCGUGCGAGUGAAGUGAGCAGAGUCCAUGUGUUUGCUCAACAGUUUUCUCGAGUGUGUACUCUAGUCCUUUCCUGGACCGUCGACCGGAAACGCGGGGGGUAACGGUUCGGAUGGUACGGAAACGCAGGGGGAUGAGAGGGAUGAUACUCAAGCGAGAGAUGAUUUUAUUGCUCUUCGGUUUCGUACUUUUGAAUAAUUAUGUGAAUUGCAGUUGUGCACAGACCUACACACAUACACACACACACCUACACCUAACCUUUUCCCGGUGUCAGGAAAUUGCUACCGAAAAUACGAUGCUUCUAGCUUUGGUGAAGUACAUAAGUGGAUACAUACACGGAUAGGUCUGUUUUGUGGGACGUGAGAGGAUACAGGAAACAGAGGCAACACAGGCAGUGUAUCUAUAUCUCAUCGUUCGUUACAAUACAGAUCGGAUUUUGGAUAGUGGCCGAUGCGGCAGAGUUAUCAGCAGCACACCAAAGGACACCGUUUGUCAGUUCAUUUGAAUCGUUCAACCACCGUACAUCGGUUGGUGUUCGAUGUGUGAAAGGAAAAUCGUCCCUCGCCUUACCCAUUGAGGAAGGAAACACAACGGUCCGAGGUGUGGGAAAUGCAACCGGAAAAGGAAAUGAAGUGAAUCGCUUGUUAUCUGCUGCUAUCAGUGUGUGAUGCGCUUGACGUUGUGCGUUUGAUUUGCGGAAAUGCGUCCAACGAACGAAUGCAAAUGGGCGAUUAUGUAGAGAGAUCGAAGAACUAAGUAGUUAUCGUGGUAUUUUAUUAUGAAUCUAUACAAUAAUUAGAGCAUCGCCCUGGAAUUAUGGAAGUGGCAAGAGCAACACUAUCACGAUUGCCCGGUUUCGUGCACUGCCUAGCAAUGGCGAUACUCAUCGAGCAGGCAGGGUAUGCGCUGUCGUCGGAAAAUCUUCAGAUGCCCAACUUUCUGCACGAGCUUCCGUCGAGCGUGCUGUUCAGCAACGACACCGGCAACUCGCAGCUCGUCUGCCAGGCCUACGGUGGUCCGCAAAUGAUCAUCCAAUGGAUACUGAAGGACGGCAGUCUGGUGAGCAGCGUGCCGGGAUUGAGGCAAGCGUUACCGAACGGGACACUCUACUUUCCACCGUUCGCUGGCCAUCUCUUUCGGACGGAUGUGCACGAUACGACUUAUCGGUGCAGAAUCAGCUACUCCUACUACGUACUGCUCAGCCACGACAUCCGGGUACGUGCAGUGGUACGGCAACCGUACGAGGUGAAGGUGGAGAACGCCGAUGUGACGGUCGCAAAUACGGCCUUCCUGAAAUGCUUCGUCUCGUCGCACGUGCGGGAAUUUGUCCAUGUGUCGUCAUGGUUCAGCGAGAAGGAAAUGCUUCUACCCGGUCGUUCCGAUAUUGGCACUCGGUAUGUUGUCACAACGCCCGGUGGAGAGCUGUGCAUACGGAACGUCAACGAGGAAGACAGAUUGAAGCGGUUCUCAUGCGUAACGGUCGACACGCUGACGGGGGAGCGGAAAACGAGCGACGCCAUCCUGCUUGUCCUCAAAGAUAGUACGCCGAACAUGGCUCCAUCCACUAGCCAAAAGUCAGUCAGUGAACUUACAGCCGGCAAGGGAACCAGUGUGCAGUUACCGUGCAAUGUCCAGGGAAAUCCCGUACCGAGCUUCUCUUGGUUUCGCAUCUCGGACACGGGUUCGUUAUAUACCGUGCCAUCCUCGCAGCGGAUCGUGCCAUCGCAGUCACUGCUAUUCAUCCGUAACGUCGACGAACGGGACGCCGGAAGAUGGAUAUGCAAAGCAUUCAAUCAGUUCGGUGAACAGAAGCUUGAAAUCCAUCUCACGAUCAGCAACGAGCUGGUGGCACACAUCCAUCCACAGAUACAGAUUAUCAACUCCGGCAAUUCGGCACUGCUGAACUGCUCCAUCUUCGGCAGCGAGGUGAACAAAAUUGAAUGGUUUCACAACGGACAGGAGCUGUUUGCUAAUGGUCGAACCGAACGCAGCAUGAGCCUGCUGUCGGCAAGCACACUAAAAAUUGAUAGGGUAAGCAAGAAGGAUCAAGGAAUUUAUCAAUGCAUUGUGUCGAAUGCACGGAGCAGCGCUCAGGGAAGCUCGGAAUUGAAGCUCGGAGAAAGCCCACCGGAGAUAAGCUACGGGUUCGUGGAACAAAAUGUGCGCGCCUCUGCGUACAUCUCAUUGAAAUGUUCGGCCGCUGGGUCGCCUCCACCGCAGUUUGUCUGGCUGCUAGACUACCAACCGAUACUGGAUGUUUCAUCCCUGCACCGUUACACGAUGGAUCAAUUUCUCGACAUCAACAGUCACGUAACGACGCAUCUCAACAUCAGCCAUGUGCACAGCGAUGACGGUGGUCUGUACACCUGCGUCGCAUCCAACAGCAUGGGUACGGCAUCGCACAAGGCGCGUCUCAACGUUUACGGCCCUCCGUAUGUACGUGCCAUCGGACCCAUCACGGCUGUUGCUGGCGAGCCGAUCGAGAUGCAUUGCCCUUUCUCCGGCCAUCCCAUCCAGUCCGUGCGUUGGAUACGGGGCGGAAAUGAACUGGUUUCCGGACCACGGCACAGUGUGGCGGACGUUAAGCAUGGCGGAUAUUUGAAAAUUUAUACCGUCGACCCGGCCCAGGAUCGGGGUCCGUACACGUGCAUCGUAACGGGGCCGACCGGUGACGAAGGACGGAGGGAGCUACAAUUAGUGGUACACAGUCCACCCGUCAUUGAGCCGUUCGCAUUUCCAAAAAUCAUGAAAGUUGGUGGCCGGGCACAGCUGACCUGUUCGGUGUCGGCCGGCGAUAUGCCGAUCUAUUUCAGCUGGAAAAAGGACGGUUCCCCGAUAGCGCAGGAUUUGCACGUCAGCGAGAAGAAGGAAGAGUUCUUCUCGCUGCUGGUGCUGAAGGACAUUACGGCACGGCACAGCGGACGGUACAGCUGCUUCGCUACCAACACUGCCGCCCAGACGAACUAUACGGCCGAACUGCUGGUGCAAGUGCCACCGUCCUGGACGCAGGAACCGCACGACAUUGCUGUUGUCCUCGGGCAUCCGAUAGUACUGCCAUGCGAGGCGGAUGGGUUCCCCCAGCCGAAGAUAACGUGGUUCCGUGGCAAGGGUAAGCUGUCCACCGACUUUCACUCCAUACCGUCGAAGAACAACUCGCUGAGCAUCAAUUAUGCCACGUCACCGGAUGCUGGCUACUAUAUGUGCGAGGCGGCCAACGGGAUCGGCAACAGUCUGAAGAAAAUCAUCCACAUCGAUGUGAACGAAGCGGUCCAUUUCGAUACGCCGGUAAAGAACGUAUCCGCCCGCCGGAACGAUGCGGUAAUGCUGGAGUGCCUAGCGCUCGGCGAUGAACCAAUCAACAUCAUCUGGACGCACAAGAACCAGCGGAUCGAUUUCAACAACUAUCGGUAUAACAUUAUCGAAAUGAAGGAGAGUGUUGGCGUGCGAUCGCAAUUAUCGAUUAGCUUGACGGAGCGUUACGAUUCCGGCAAGUACGUCUGCACGGCGGAGAACCUGUACGGGACGAGCGAGCAUGUGAUAUAUCUGGCCGUCCAGGAGCGUCCGGAUGCACCGUCCGACCUGGAGGUGAUGGAAGUGUCGAGCCGUCAGAUACGGCUCUCGUGGAAGCGCCCGUACGAUGGCAUGUCCCCGGUGCUGAGCUAUCUCGUACAGUACCAACCGGUGCGUUUGGGGAAGGAUCCGGUCCAGGACACGCAGCACCGGUCCGGUUCGGAUAGCACGAUAGCCAUGUGGGACAGUCCGCUGACGGUAAAUGUCACCUUCUCGAAGGUGAACAUGAUCAAAAGUAGCAUCGACGGUGGCGUCAGGGAUGAAACGAGCAUCGGAGGUUUGUUCCCGGCAACCCAGUACCUUCUACGCAUGCUGGCCAUUAAUGAGAUUGAGUGUUCAUCGUUUACGAGCCCGCUCGUGGUGAGGACGCAGGAAGAAGCGCCGAGUGAAGCGCCCGGUGGGCUGAAAGUCAAAACCGGCGCCAUGGGCGAACUUGUGCUCACCUGGCAAAUACCAAGCCGGGCGUCCUGGAACGGGGAGCUGCUGGGCUACACGGUCAGCUGUGUGGAGGAGAAAACCAACAUCAACUUUAUCGCCAACCCGAGCAACAUCUCCAACACGACACUCACGGUACAUGGAUGGGCGACAACCAAGACCAGUAUCGCGAACCUGAAGAAAUUCACCCGCUAUGCGUUGCGCAUCCGUACGUACAACAGUAUCGCACCCGGGCCGUGGAGUACGGUUGUGUACGGUACCACGUCGGAGGAUGCACCCGAGGCAGAACCACAGAACGUCUCCUGUUCCAGUCUGUCGUCGCAAAGCAUCAAGGUGCUGUGGCAGGAACCACCGCCCCAAUUCCAUAACGGUGUGUUGCAGGGCUACAAAAUCCUUUACCGACCGCUCACGAAGAACAACGAGUUUGUAUAUCCGUUCGAAAUCAAGCGAACGUCCAACCUGGAGACGUAUCUGCACGCACUGAUGAAGGCGACCAACUAUUCCAUCCAGGUUUUAAGCUUCACCCUAUCGGGGGACGGUGUAGCCAGUGUGCCGGUGUACUGUGCGACUGAGGAGGAUGUUCCCGAAGCACCCGCUGGCAUCAAAGCGCUCACCUUGACGGCAGAUUCGAUUCUGGUAUCCUGGUUACCGCCGGCGCAUCCAAAUGGCAUCAUCACUCAUUACACGGUGUACGGCAAGGACCACGGCAAGAAAGGCUCUCCGAAACAUAACAUCGUGCGCGUGGACGAAACCGGACGACCGUCGAUGUUCGAGGUGCGGGGACUGAGCGAGAACAACAAAUACGACUUUUGGGUGACGGCAUCGACGGUGAAGGGCGAAGGCGAUCCAACGAUGGUGGUAUCGCAAACGACCAACACUCGGGCACCGGCCAAAAUUGCGUCCUUUUCGCGGCUGCUUAAGGUGCCGGUCGGUGUGAGUCUCGUGCUGGAAUGUGUCGCCGUCGGUAAUCCGACACCUCGCACUCGAUGGUUGACGAAGGACCAGGCCGUCACCUUCAGCCAGUAUUACGUCAUAUCGCAAGGGUUUCUCAAGAUACAUAGCGUCGAGCCACAGAUUGCUGGUAACUUUACCUGCUCCGCUAAGAAUCUCUUCGGCGAGGACGAGAUACACUAUAUGCUGAUAGCGCUGCAAACACCGAAUGUGACGCAGCUCUCGAUCCAGUACACGUCGUUCGACAGUUUGCGCGUGACGUGGGAGGUGGCCAGCGAUGGGGGUGCUCCCAUCCAGGGGUACAAUCUGUACUAUCGUACGACGAGCGGGACGUGGUCGAACGUGGCAAUACCGAGCGAUCAGAUGGCGUACACGCUGAACGGUCUCAAGUGUGGCACUCAGUACAUUCUAAAGAUCAACGCACACAACAAGGUCGGUAUAGGGAUGUUUACUGAGGAGCUGGCCGUGCGUACCAAGGGAAAAGCUCCACACAUCCCAGAAGAGCGAGAACUGUUCAACACCAACUCGAGCUGCUUGAACCUAUUUCUAACGUCCUGGCUAAACGGUGGCUGUCCAAUAUCACACUUUUCCAUCGAAUAUCGUCGCCUGCACACGCCCUUCUGGACGAUAGUGUCAUCGGAUCUUUCCGGCAGCGAUCAGCAUACGAACGGCAGUAUCUCAUUCUGUGACUUUGUACCCGCCACCUGGUACGAGCUCAAGAUCACCUCCAACAAUGAUGCGGGCAAAACGAUGGCCCAGUAUAACUUUGCCACGCUGACACUGUUGGGGGAAAAGAUUCCCCCGCCGGAGUAUAAGGCGAUUCCGGAGGAGAAUAACGAUACGGAUCUGUUGCAGCAGGAAGAGUUCCAAUGGUUACAGUCGACGGUGAUGAUAGUCACCAUCAUUGUGGUCGUUUUAAGUCUCGUCGUUGGAGCGAAGUAUCGUGGAAUUCUUUGCUUCACCAACAACUCCGAUCGGUACAGCACCCAAACACUGUCCGCCGAUCUGAGCAUGAAGGAGCAGUCGGAGAAUAUUCGCAACCAGCAGGUGUACAGUGCGUCGCCGGUGAAGGUGAUCAACAAGGAGGAAAAUGCGGAGAUGUACGAAAUUUCGCCUUACGCCACGUUCAACGCGAGCACCGGUCGGUUGUGCAAGGAGCCCCGGAGUUUAAACCCAUCGAACAUAGAUUAUUCGCUGCAAUUUCGCACCUUCGGCCAUCCGGAGUGUGAUUUAAAUGCUACCGCCUAUCCACUGCUGGAGAGUACCGGUCACAUGCCAGGACAUAUCAAGGGCAAAUCGAGCUGGCACAAGCAACAGUUUUACAACACAGAUGAGACCCCAAUCAAUAUGCCAAGUUCAACGAAAUCAAUCGCUUCCAAGUGGGACGACGGUGCUUUGCGACGCAUGGGACAACGUAAUUUCGGGCCGAGUAACUAUUCCGAAUCGGACAGUAGCAGUCCCAUCAACGAAUUCUCGAACGCACCCACCUUUAGGAUACCAUCGAAAACACCUUGUUCAAACAUACUGCAUCACGAAUCCAGUACGGAAUCCAUCAAAGAACUAUCGCCGGUGAGGGAUCAUCGUGCCAAUACGCCCCGCCACGUCCAGGCAUCGGCGAAAGGCCACUUUGGGCAUCAGCUACGGACAAAGGACAAUCAUUGCCUCGAUAUGCAACCAUCUUCAAGUACGCACAGAUACCACAAUAAAACCUACGUGACAGCGGCCGAGUUUAGCGAAACGGAAAGUGAUCGCGAGCGGGCACUAGAUCUCGAGGUGCAGCGCGCCAUGGAAAAGGCUAUACGGCAGGACGAGUGCAAAUCGUCGAUGAGAUAGAACGAAUCACGUACAUUUCCAGCCAACCGACACACACUCUCUCUAUCUCUCUAUCUCUCUCUAUCUAACUUUCCCUGGACUCUGGUGUUUGCAGAUCGGUCCAUUCGAUCCUCGUUUCCGGUUCCAAAUCAGAUCCUACACGGUAGUGUGGAUAGUAUCACAUCAAUGCCGAUCCCUCCAU